CCAAUCAUGUCUUUAGCGGUAGUGCACAUUUACUUCCGGGAAAGGUGGUUAACAAGCUGAAAUGUUUGUUUUUUAAGUCAGCGUACUUAAAAUGUAGACGUGUGAUCUCUAAUAAAGCUGUUCAUGGACAGACACCGUUCGCUCUACAAAGGAACCACUCCGCCAUGGAAGGAAACUUACCGAAAGCGGUGUGUGGACAGGCUGAAGAACAGCCGCUCCAAGCUGCUGGACAGAUACCGGCAGAUGGGAGAAGAUCAGCCGUGGAGGAGUUCAGGGGCCUCUAUCAUCGUCCAGGAGGUGAUGGAGGAGGAGUGGAGCGUCUUGCAGUCAGAGGAUCAGAGUAUGCCCUCACUGUGGGGCCCUGACGGCAUGGCAGAGAUGUUCAGUGUUAUGAAGGAGUGUGAUGAACUGGCGAUGCUGGAGGAAAUCCAUCAGGAGCUCAUGUCUCAAGAAAUGUCUAUAAUCGAGGAGUAUGAGAGGAACCUGCAGUUUGAGCAGCAGUACAUAUCAUCUGUUGUGGAGGGAAUGGAUGAGAUGCAUAUUAUUUGCCCCAUAUGUCACAUGAACAACUUGACCAUCAACAGCUAUUUUAUCUCCUGCCCUUGUGGACUUUACAUCAACACUAAGAAGCAGAACAUCACUCCAGAUGUCCUGCAGGACCUCCUGGAGUCCAGGGUGUCGGAGCACAUGGAAGACUGUCUGCACAACCCUGUUUUCUCUGUAGCUCCCAGCACAGAGAGCUCUCCCACCCUGCUGAUAAGCUGCGAGGCUUGUGACUACUUGUCUGUUGUCUUGUAGUUGCAAUCUGCUGUCAGGAAAACAUUUGUCUAACAUAUAAUUUUUAGCUUAUUUUUGUUCUCUGAAUUUUUUUUGUGGAAUAAAGUCAUUUUAUAUUAA